CGUUCUGCUUGGCGCAGGGCACACUCCUCGGUCUUGGAGGAGUCCUCCAGCGGCAGCGGGCAGCGCGUCAGGCGGCGGCGACGACGGAUCGGCUUCGGGAGGUGAAUUUUAGCUGAAUUAAACACGAGCUUCUGAAGGAUUAAAUCCUGUGCUUAGUUGGUGAAGAGACUCUACUAGAUCAAUGUGGGGAAAUCAGUUUCAGUCUGCAACUAAAGCAGGCGUUCAUGGCGGCCAGCAACAGUCGCUUCUGGGGCCUGGGCCACCAUCCUUACAACAGGCCUUGCUGCAGGGCCAUGGGCAGGCGGGCCAGUCGCAGAAGCAGCGUGUGUUCACGGGAGUAGUCACGAGUCUUCACGACUACUUUGGGUUCAUUGAUGAUGAAGUGUUGUUCCAUCUGAAUGUGGUGAAGGGACGGAUACCCCAGACUGGGGAGCGAGUGCUGGUCAAAGCUGUUUACAACCCCAGUCACUCAGUGAAGUGGAAUGCACUGAAAGUCCAGGUGCAGCCUACGCAGAGUCCAUCGCAUAUGUUGUCUGGUCAGAAGCAAGGCAUCCUUGGAGCUAAGCCACAGCCUCAGCCACUGCUUCAAGCUCCACGCAUUCCCUCCUUGUUAUCCUCCCAGCCACUGCUGUCUCAGCUCUCUCAUAAACCUGGUUUGCUGCAGCCUUUAGUUCACUUGGGUCCACAUGCCCAACUUGGCCGGAGGCUGGAUUUGGGACUGCGUUCAAUGGGCCGCAAUGGACGAAUGGACAUUGGUCGAAGAGGUGACAGGAGAGACAAUUACAAGCGUCUCGGUGGCCAGGGUGGUUCCCACAAACGAUACCAGGAUAUGGGAUCAGGGGAAGGACCAGCGAAAAAAGCACGGCAUUACAUCCCUUCAUACAGUGUGCAGUACUCCCGCUUCUCAUUGGACAGCUCUUCUUGUGAUGCGAUCGAGGUCCAGCGCCGAUAUCCCUGUCUCCACAUCCCUGAUACAUUCUUUGAUAGCAAGAUUUGCUGGGUGAAUACAUUCCCAAUGAGUGAGCCUUUACAAUUGGGACAGAAAUGCGUUUUCCAUGUGAUGGAGGAAGAAUCGAGCCUGGAUGAGGAACAAGAGACUCAAGUGGAACCUGCUGAUGCAGAUUCCACCUACAGUGCCAAGGUGAUACUGUUGCAAUGCCCUGACCUCCAGAAGCUGUAUAGCCAGGCAUGCACAUUGGCUGAAGUCCCAAAAGAGACAGCUGAUGUUCCUCAACAUCCUAACAAACUGAUCAAGUUUUUGGUGGGGAUGAAGGGCAAAGAGGAGGCUGUACUGAUUGGAGGGUCAUGGUCUCCAUCCCUUGAUGGCCUCUGUCCAGAGAAGGAUCCUAGGGUACUCAUCAAGACAGCCAUUCGAACCACCAAAUCCUUGACUGGCAUUGAUCUGAGUGUCUGCACUCAAUGGUUUCGCUUUGCUGAGCUUCGCUACCAUCAGCCUGGAGAGCUCCGUGAAGGGCGGCUGCUCCCAGCCCGCGUGGAGACUGUGGUUGUAUUUCUGCCGGAUGUUUGGCAUUGCCUCCCUACUCGCUUGGAGUGGGACGCACUGUCCCUGGGAUACACGCAACAGCUGACUGACAGGGACCAGGCAGAGCACAAGGACACGGACCGAGAUGAGCCUGAAGAGAAGAUGGAAGAACAGGGAGAAGACUCCCUUCCCACUCCAACCCAGUGGAGCAGUUUGGACCUGAAGACGAUGAAAGUGGAAGAUUUCCGUCGAGAGCUGAAAGCAAGGAAUCUGAAUUCCAAGGGAACAAAGGCUCAACUUGUGAGCCGUCUGGAAAAAGAGCUGGAGGAGGAGGCAGCAAAGGAAGAGAUUGAAAAGGAUGAAACUGCAGAACAGAAAGAGGCAGCAGUGGAAGCUACGGAAGAAGAAAGUUCACCUGCGGAGGAGCAGAAGGAGGAUGUCGAGGGGAAGCAGCCUGAAGAUCCUGCUGUCUCGUCGAAGCAGGAGCCCCGUUGCCCCCUUCCUGCUGAGCCCGCUGUGCUUGUUCGUCCGAAUUGCUCUGCCAUGGGGGGUAAUUUUGGCUGUUCAGUCUUAUCCCUGAGUAUGUUACGAAGCUACCGCAGUGAUUCCAAAGGCUAUUCCUUUGAGGUUUUGUGGCUUGCGGAGCUGUUUGGUGAGAUGCUACAGAGGGACUUUGGCUAUACCGUCUACAAAGCCCUGCUUGCAUUCCCAGAGAGGAAGCCAGAGGAGGUAGUCGAGAAGCCAAAGGCAACCAGUGCCAACCAAGAGAAGGAGAAAGAUCAAAAGGAAAUGGAACAAGAAGAAAAGACAGAUGAACUGAAGAAAGAAGCUGAGGAGGUGAAGGAAGUGGACGAGUUGAUGGAAGCAGAGGAGAUAAAGGAGCCAAGUGAUGCACCUGCUAAAGCCACCGCAAUGGAAGAGGAUGAGAAUUGGGAUUGGGAGCUGACAAAGCCAGAUGAGGGCGAGACUAAAGAAAAGGAUGUGAAAGGGAAGGAUGCUGAUGAUGACACACUCCUGCAGAUUGACGAUGUUCUGUUCUUGGAGGAAAACGAGGAGGAUUUUGGUCUCUCCAGCACUGAUGAGAAAAAGUCAGUUGGCAAAGGGAAUGAAGCGGAAAGUGGAUCAGUUAAAGAGAUGGAGAAGGAUAUCAGUCAAAUGGUCUCACUACGCAAGGAUGUGCUGCUUGCCUUCGUCUAUUUUGAUCGCAACCUCUGCAACUACAUUUUGGAAAAAGAUCUGGAGCAAAUCAUCUCCACUUUGGGGCUUCAUCUGUCCAGAGUUCAGAUUAAGCAGCUACUGAGCAAGGUGUGCUCACAGAACAUGUGUCUUUAUCGAACCCUCACUGAUGGCUGGGAAGGAGAUCUGGAGAAACUGGAGAAUAAAAGCCUCAUAACUGAGGACAUGCUGCUCGGGAACCAGUAUCUAUUGCCAUCUUGUCCCAGUGUCCCUCCCAGUAAGCCAAGGACCCGGUCUGGAGACAACACCCUGGUGGAGUACAAUGGUAACAUGGUCAAUGUUGGCAACUUGAUUCAGAAGCUGGAGCGAGAUGAGAGAAACCGUGCAGACAUGGAAAACAAACUUCAAUCAAUGGAGACCCAGCUUGCUGAAACUUUGGGCAAGUUAUCCUCAAAUGACAGUGUAAACAAGUCGCUGAGCUCAGGGAUGCAGGAAAUGCAGAAACAGGUCUCUGAGCUGGAGGAUCGGGUCAAGGCAGCAGAGAAAUUGAAGGUCUUCUAUGAACUGCGGCUUCAGGAUAACACCAGGAAUCUUAACUCCAUGAUUGAGGACAUCCAGCGCAUCAUUAAAAAGAACAACGCCGUGACAGAGAAGAAGGAGAAGUGAGGAGAGGGCCUCGUCCCCAGAGAUUGAGAGUGUGGAAUCCCUGAUAGUAUACAGUGAGCUAGCAUCAGAUUCGUAUAUUGUGACCUGCUUGAACCCUUGCUUUCCUAAUCUUAUUAAAGGCCUAACUCUCAUACCAAGUGACUCCACAAACUGCAAGUUUGCUGAACUGUGCCGUGUGUUUUAAUUUUUACAUCGGUCCUGUGCAUCAUAUUCAGGAUGUACAAUUGGGGAACAGAGACCGAUGUGUAUAUUUGUGUGUAAACAUCCAUGUUGUAGUAGCGUCCUGACAGGGACCUCCUCUCUCUCUCUCUUUUUCUUUCUCUCUCUCUCUCUCUCUCUUUCUCCACUCACUCCAAUUUCUACUGUUGGAACCAGGGGGUAACAGCAUGGUCUGGGCUUUGCCCAGUCAAAGUGAGUCUGUUGAAGUUUCCUUUCUUUGUCUAACACAUGGCAGGGUCAUCGGAGAAAAUAUCAUUCCCUGAACUCUUCCUGGGUGCAGGUGAUUGAUUGUUGGUCCUGGCCAGUUGGCAAGUUAACAAAGCAAUCAAUUUCAACCCCUUUCCAUUUCUCCCUUUAGACUGAGGCUUGUGGGCAUCUGUUUCCCUCCACAACUGACUUCCUUUAGAUUCUUGUUGCCCCUUCCUCUAUCAGGAUGUCACAGUAUUUACAAUAUAAAGAUUCUUCACUGUUUUUAAAAUG